GCAGCCCCAAAGAUCACACGACGGCGCCGCCGUUUCCCAGCGCGCGAAUGUUUCUAUUUUGAAUUUUGACCGUAGAACGGUGGUGGAAUCGACGACGUGCUGUACCACCGACGACGCAUGGAUACCCGGCCUCUCGUGAACCGAACGACGUCGGACGUUGAGGACUGGUCCGAGGAGUUUUCCCUGCGGCCGCUGCCGAUGUAUCCGUCGUUAUCCCACCUCGAAGUGGAUCUCGCCGUCGUGGAUGAAAAGGACGGCGACGACGAGCACGACGAUGGCAAUGAUGAGGAAGAAGACGAAGACUGGGACAUGGAGCUCAUCGGAACGGCAGCAGACGACGCUCAAAGGGAGGAGAGCAAUUCGUUCUUUCGCGCUUUGCUGGCCACAACUGACGGUCCAGACGCGUGUGGUGUCGGCGGAGGCGACACAGGAGCAGGUGUGGGUCGGGCCUAUACCUUACCGGAUACGUACAAGCUUAUCGAGAAUGCCAAGCAUUGCUUUGAAGCUACGCACCGCCGUCCGAGCAGCGGCGUCGUGUACCCCCCCGCAACGACUCUGCUGACGCUCGAACUAGAUGGGUUUCCGCUGUAUGCGAACAAACAGCUUGAGGAGUGGCUUCAACACAUCGUGAAACCAAAGGAGCAAGCUGCGAUGGGUCUUGAGAAGCAGUGGAGCCACGUAUGUCCAGACGACGUGCUCCCGGGGCUAGCCCCAGACACGUUGCACCGAUUUAGCCAACUGUUGGUCUAUUUUGUGCGACGAAAUCACGUUCCCGAGGCGAAGGUUCUCCUUCAAGCGUUUGCCAAUCAGCUCGAUGAACCACGUUGGUACCAACUGCAGGAUACAAGUGCUGUUCAUGGUAAACCCACAGAAGACGACGAGUGGCACAAUCUGUGGGGUGGACGGAGUGUGGAGAUCGCGCAGGUGGCGAUCGAAAUCUGUCAUCCUCCGCAGGGCGAGUCGUUGUUUGCAAACGUGGUGUCCAAGUGCCAUCAACUGUUUCCAGCGUGGCGGCAUGCGAUGACCCUUGUCGAGUGCCGCUACGUGAGCCACCAUUGGGCGUACUUUCAGUCGCACCAGUAUGUGUGGCAGCGUCCCCUCGAAGUUGUUGUGGAGCCAGUGGUGUUUGCCACGCCGUAUCCGUCUGGACAAGACUUGCUGCGACGGUACCUCGCGCUGUACACGGCGCUGAACGACGACGACGUCAAGCAGCAUGCGGGCAACCUCUCGGGGGCGGACAUGGGGCUGCUGAGCACAAGCACCCGGGCGACGUCGGUCCAGGUCCUCGUGUUGUGCGACGUUCAAAACUUGGUCGACCGCCUCAGUCCUAUCACAGACGAAAGCAUUCCGCCUAUAUUUCAUGACGACCAGAUGUCGUCGCGCCACAGUCACGACAGCGAGCCCCAGGAUGCACUGGACGAGCUGUUUCAUCCGGACAACUGCAUGCUUCGAAUGGAGAGUCUAGAGGCGAGUUAUGUCAAGCUAGCCAUGCCCCACGACGUGCUGGUCAAGGCCAAGUGCGCGCACGUGCUCAGUCGCAUGAUGCUCGGACACACAGAAAUGUGGCCGUUGUGCGAGUCGUUGGCCAUGGAAGCUUUGCGACUCCUAGACAUCGGGUUCCCGCUGUCGUUUCCAAAGGGCGAAAGUCAGCGCCAAGGAUUGUUUGGACACGUGGGGCGCCACGUGCUUGAAACCCUGGGCGCCGUCCUCGCCCACAACAACAAGUACCGGUUUGCCAUUGCCUCGUACGAAGCUGCCCAACAAUUGUACAGUUUUCAAUACUUGAAUCGCCGGGGAUACGAAAAGCUCGACCGCGUGUGUUGUGGGCUGUGCCUUCAUCAAGGUGAUUUGGACCGAGCAUUGCAAUACCACGACCGAGUCUUGCAGUGGACCAAGGAACACGAAAACUGCAACGAGUUUGUGUACAUUACGCAGAUGAUCAAUUCGAUCCUGUUGCAGCAAAGUCAGUUUCGGCUCGCGGCGCAUCGAUUGCAAGACGCGUUGAUGGCGCUGCGAGACCCCCUCGCGGUGCUGCCGCCGGCGUACACCAAGAGCGCUGCGCCUGCCCGCCGGUUGUUCCACUACAAAUUUCACGCCAACGGGUACGACGCGUGGUUUCUGCACGACAUUCAGCUGCAUUUGUGUCUUCGCGAUGUGUACAAGGCCAGCGGACGAGGCCAGGAAGCGCUGCAUGUGCUGCAGCACGUUCUGUCGUACGAGCCAAAGUUCAAACUGCCUCGGGGCCGGCGCAUCCACCUCACGAUGCUCGUGGCGGAAGACGCGCUCAAGUUGAGGCAGUUGGAGCUGUGCAUUUCCAUGCUGCGGACGAUCGAGCACGACAUUGCCAUGGACAACAACAACACCGCGACGACGACCGUCCUAGAGUCCAAACAUGCGUGGGAAGUCAUGGCGACGUUCCGAUACCUGAAGUGCCGUGCUCGAUGCUACUUUUACAAGGGUCAAUAUCAUCGUUGUGCAUUGUGGCUCGCCGUGGCCGCGUCAAAAGGACUAAGUGUCCGGCAGCGUGCAGACGUCGAUGCGUUAGGCAGCCGGUGCCUGCUGCAGCUGCAUCACAAGCAGCUGCAGGAUGGGGAGUUCGCCCCUCUGCAGCGGACAAUGAGCGGGCGAUGGGGGUUCACUGCCCAGGAACCGUCGUUGGGGCUGCUGCUUUCGACCAAGAGCGAGCAAGACUCGUUUCACAGUGCCAUGGAUGACCACUGGAACAUUCGGUCGUACACAGACGCGUGUACGUUGUUGUGCUGGAAAGCGUUCGACUUGUACGGGACGCUGAAUGACCCGGUGCGGCAAGCCAAGGUGGUGCUCACCCUUGUCCGAUUGGACAUGCUCGUACUCGAAAAGCACACGUCCGACGUGUCGAGCUUGCAUCAAGCCAUGGCGUUGGCAAGACAAGCGCUGGAUCUGGCUGCCGAAUCGGCCGUGCCUAUGAAAAUGCUCACUGCACUCGUAUACACUGCGCAGCUGCAGUGCUGGUGGGCCAAGUGCAACCCUGACCACGACACGCAUGAGCUCGUGGCCACCACCGACGAAGCCUUACGACUGCUGUUCGCGAUCUUCUUGCGCCAAGUCCGCGGCUCGCAUGAUUCCAUCCACGUGGUGCCAUUGCUGCCGUUUCCCCCAAGUGUGUUAAUGCAACUAGAAGCGGUAGUUGGCACUCUGUUGCAUGUUGGGGCGACGAUCACUCAGUUGGAUGGGGUUGACGUCCCUGCUUUGUUCUCGUGGAGAGACUUGGAAAGUGCCUACCAUUGUCUGAACCAGUGCACGUAUUGGUAUUCGGCCCAGCCUGAAACCCCAGCAUCGGACGACAGUAAUCCCCAGCCAGUUCCUGCACGGCCCGUCCACGUUCGAGUGGGCCGUCAGCCCCAACACCAGAAGCAGUUGUCGUUGUCGUCCAUCUCGGACAUCGUGUCCUUCUCUUUCUUUCGUCGCCCUGACUCGUUCACGUGCGCCGAUCACGGCACGCCGCUGCCUCUGUCCCCGUUUGCAUACGUUGGGCCCAACAAGUCAAGGGGGGUCUCGUCUGCUGCGACCGGAGAUGCCCGGAGCCGAUCUCAAUCCGCCCCCGCCACAAACGACGCCGACCCAUCCACGGCACCUAAUCCUGACGACUGGGACGACGGCGAGCUCGAAGUGGAACCGGACGGCGUCGACUUUUGGCGAGCGUGCAACCAGGAGUACCGCAAGCAGCACAUGGUGCAGUGGUCGUCCAACAUGUACGCCGCUGACUCGGAUGCGCUGUGGGGCAUAUGGUACUGCCAUCGCGUCACGGACCGCAAGUUCAAGAGCGGCCGUGUCACGCCGUCGGCGUUUCGCCUCGCCAGCUUGAAGUUGAUAUUUGACAUUCGUCUCCUGUCGCACUCGACUGCACUGCACCUCCCCACCACCCUCGGCACGACCGACUCGUUUGGCGUGGUCUUGCAUGAGCGCGACUGUAUUUCUGUUGUCGCGCACUCCACCACCAUAAACACAUCAACCCCAGUGGAUGUGUUCACGUUUCCAGCAUCGAAUGCGUUGUCGCUGCAUCAAGGCAUCGCUGGAGUGCCGUUCCAGAACCAGGCUGUGACUUCGGCCCAAGUCGAGCGCGUGCUGCUAUAUCUUGGGCCAAAGGUGUUGAUGAAAGUGCUGUCGUCCAUGUUGCUGGAAAUCCCGUUGAUUGUUGUCCACUCGUCCACGUCUGUCGUCCAAGAAGUGUUGUUUGUGCUCACGCAUUUGAUGCGUCCGUUUCGAUGGCCGUUCCCGAUGCUUCCCGCCCUGCCCAUGUCGUGCACGUCCAUGUUUGCAGACCUUAUCCAAGACUACACGAAAGCCAAACAAAAGCAUCGCCCGAUGGCGCCGUUCGUCGCCGGCAUCUCGAUGGAUAUGUGGCGGGAAUGCACGUACCGGUUGUCCACCGUCCAGUCGUCGUCCGACUGUGCAACGUGCAUCAGUGUCCUGCAAGUAAACCUGUCGAGUAAAUGCAAAUUUCAGCUGGCUUCGAACCGAUCCUCGGCAGUGUACAUGCAGCCACGGCUGCGGCGAUAUGUUGUCGAUGCCGUGACUACUACAAGUGGCGGACCUGCGUCGGCGGCGCUCGAGGUGGCAUUGCAAGAAGUGUAUCGAGUGAUUUUGCAGUCGUUUCAAAAAGCGCCAAGCUUCAAGCAAUGGUUCCGUCUCGAAAGCCAGGAAUUCACCAAGUUAUUCCAAGCCACGGCGACUUGCCAAGCGUACUUGAAUGGGGGCGACGGACGUCUCAGCAGCACCGUCGUGUAGUUGUUUUAUAUGUAAAGUUAUUUAGCAAGCCAAAAUUGGAACCAUCGAAACCAAGUGUCCCAACCAAAACAUCGUUUU